AUGGACCCCCCUAUAAUCUGGCCGAACUCCAAGGCCGACUUUGCCACUGGGGGUGGCGGCGACCCGACGGCCGUCCCGCUCGCUCAGUGCUGGAGCCGGAAUUCAGGGAGUGGCGGGGCCCGCCCCAUUGGCUCCGCCGUGCGAAUCCCGGGUUUGAAGCUUGCCCGAGAGAAGCUCCUCGCCCCCUAG